CUCCCGAAAACCUGUUGUCAGUGGAAGAGAAGCAGUUGCUGCUGUGUCCUCCCUCUCUCCUGCCUGUGAGCCCGUUGCCUGCGCUGUGGGAUAAGGACCCUGUCAUGCUGCUAAACUCACUUCUGCAGGAUCUGUGACUGUCAUUCCACACCGUGGUGGCUCCCAGUCUCCCCCCUGUAUGGCUCUUUGUUUACUGCCAGCCAUCCCCUCUCUAUGUCACGUUUAACCCCCUGGAGUCUGCUUUCCCGUCCUCCUGCUCUAGCUUGCAGCAGGUAUUUGAUGAGUGCACAGUUUUUUGCUGUUUAUCCACCUAGUCCGUUACCCCCUGAAAGCAAGAAGAGACCACCCCCACCACUAACUUGUCAUUUGGAGAGAGGAGCCUGCUGAUCACUUACAUAUUUGCCGCCCUACCUCAGUUCUUGGAUACAGUACCUACCACUGAGCAACCAAUACACUGGUUACCUGUUCCAGACUUUCCCAGGUGCUAGGAGGAGAGGACCUUUACCUCUGCACUCAAUGUUAGGGACGUGAAAUGAGAGGGAAGGCAAGGAUUUCGCUAGACAUGCUCCACAAUGUGUCAUUAUCCAGGAACUGCUGCGUCUCGGACAGGGGAGAGUGGCUGGAGGCUACAGCUCCCAGGGCUGCAUGGCUGGUGACUGCGCUGUCCAGCGUCCUGAUCUUCACCACAGUGGUGGAUAUCCUGGGCAGCCUGCUGGUGAUCAUCUCUGUCCUGAAGAACAGAAAGCUGAGAAAUUCUGGUAAUGCCUUUGUGGUGAGUCUGGCCUUCGCAGACCUCGUGGUGGCUUUGUAUCCCUACCCAUUAGUGCUGGUGGCUAUUUUUAAAAACGGAUGGGUCCUUGGAGAAAUGCAUUGCAAAGUCAGCGGGUUUGUCAUGGGCUUGAGCGUCAUCGGAUCGAUCUUCAGCAUCACCGGGAUCGCCAUCAACCGGUACUGCUACAUCUGCCACAGCUUUGUGUAUGACAAGCUCUUCGGUGCCCGGAAUACAAUGAUGUACGUGUGUCUUAUAUGGGUUCUCACCGUCCUGGCCACUGUCCCAAACUUCUUUGUUGGGUCUUUGGAAUACGACCCUCGGAUCUAUUCCUGCACGUUCGUACAGACUGUAAGCUCCUCCUACACCAUCACGGUGGUGGUCAUCCAUUUCCUUGUGCCAAUCACUGUCGUGACGUUCUGUUAUCUCCGGAUAUGGAUUUUGGUGAUUCAGGUGAGGAGGAAGGUGAAAUCGGAAAUGAAGCCGAGGAUGAAACAAAGCGACUUCAGGAACUUUCUUACAAUGUUUGUGGUGUUUGUCAUUUUUGCUUUCUGUUGGGGUCCCCUGAACUUCAUUGGGCUAGCCGUGGCCAUCAACCCCACGGAAGUGGCCCCCAAAAUUCCAGAGUGGUUAUUUGUGCUAAGUUAUUUCAUGGCUUAUUCCAACAGUUGCCUUAACGCUGUUAUAUAUGGACUUCUAAAUCAGAACUUUCGGAAAGAGUACAAAAGGAUUUUAAUGUCACUCUGGACGCCUAGACUGUUCUUUCAGGAAAUCUCUAGGGGGGGUACAGAGUGCCCGAAGAGCAAGCCUUCCCCUGCUCUGAAUAACAAUGACCAGAUGAAAACCAAUACUGUAUAAUUCCACUGUGAGCGGACGAGUGACAGAGAGCCAUUGAACACACGCCAGUGUGACUGCAUUCACUCAACUGCAUAUUUUUUUAUCUGAAAGGAAAAUGCACCUCAAAAUACUAUUUUUUUUAUAAGUCAUUGUAAAUGCAUAAACUGUAUAAUUAAAC